UACGUCUGUCCAAGUUUUUUUUUCCACGAUGAAACUUUGUCUCUAAGGCGUAUGUCGUACUCCCAGCGAUAAACCCCGUGAGCUUACUGGGGGCUAGUAACGUUAGCAGGCUUCUAGCUCGUUUUAAGGCGAUCGUGCUGCUCAGACCAAAAACAAAACUUCUCUUACUAUUAAUUUUUCCAUUUUCUCACCCCGGGUUACCUCUGGUGUCAUGGAGUGCUAGACCCCAGCAAAGGAGAUGCCUUGAAGGAGGGGUAUGAAUGGUGCUUGUGCUUUUUUCUUUGUCCCUUCAGUUUCCUUUUUACUGUCUGUUCUCUUUCUGUGUGUGUGAGUGACCCAUCUCCCCCUCAUGAGAGGCAUCUUCUACUCCUCCUCAUCAUCAUCACCCAAAAACAUGGAGACGCUCGUUCAACUCAAGAACAAUCCAUUCCUGAUGGGUCUGUGUCGCGGUGGACCCCCGCCUGACCUGCAGUAUGACAACUCCUCAGAGUUGUUCCGCAUCUCCACCUUCGCCCGCUUCCCGCCGUCGCCCGUCACUGAGCGCAGCCUGGCACGUGCUGGCUGGUUCUACACGGGCGUGGGCGACCGAGUGCAGUGCUUCCGCUGCAACGUGACGGCCGAGGGUUGGCUGGCGGGCGACUGUCCGGCCGAGAAGCACCGGCAGCUGUCUCCGUCCUGCUCCUUCGUGCAGAGCCUCCCGUCCGCGGCCAACCUGCUCUCCUCCUCCCACUCGGCCUUCUCGCCCCUCCGCAUCACCCCAGCGGCACCGCUUCCUGGUCCAGGCCCAGCCGCCCAGAACCCCGCAGGGGGUCCGGACGAGGAGCCGGCGGGUUACCCGAACGCGGGCUUCUCCGGGCCGCCGCCGCCUUCCAGCCCGCUCGGCUCUCGCGGCACGGAGGACAUGUCGCACCAGCGGCCCACCUGCCACAACCCGGCCAUGCGGCGCGAGCAGGACCGCCUGGACUCGUUCCACCCGUGGACGCUCUCCAUCAUCACGCCCGCCGAGCUCGCCAAGGCCGGGUUCUACUUUCUGGGUUUGGCCGACCGUGUUGCCUGCUUCAGCUGCGGCGGGCAGCUGAGCAACUGGGAGCCGGGCGACCGGGCGUCGUCGGAGCACCAGCGCCACUACCCCAACUGCCGCUUAGUGCGGGGCGACCGCACCGAGAACGUGUCGCUGGCCGGGGGGCCUCCCGUCUCUUCGUCCUCGCAGCUGUCGUCCGCCGCCCUCAACAACGUGUCCAACCCGUCCAUGCAGCAGAAUGACGAGCGGCUGCUCACCUUCGUCAACUGGCCCACGCGCAUCCCCGUCAGGCCGGAGCAGCUCGCCAAGGCGGGAUUCUACUAUGUCGGUCGCAAUGACGACGUGAAGUGCUUCUGCUGUGAUGGAGGUUUGCGCUGUUGGGAGUCAGGAGAUGAUCCCUGGGUGGAACAUGCCAAGUGGUUUCCACGGUGUGAAUAUUUGCUGCAGGAGAAAGGUCAAGAGUUUGUCCAGCAGAUUCAGGCGCGCUUCCCCCGACUCUUUGAGCAGCUUCUGACGAAUGGGGACAGCAGCUCCAGAGAGUUUGUGGAUCCGACAGUGGUGCACCUUGGGCCAGGCGACGAGCGCUGCGAGGACGCAGUGAUGAUGAACACGCCGGUCAUCAAGUCGGCACUGGAGAUGGGCUUCGAGCGCGGCCUGGUCAAGCAGACUGUGCAAAGCAAGAUCCUCAUCAGCGGUGAGAACUAUCGCACCGUCCAGGAGCUGGUCUCGGACCUGCUCAGCGCCGAGGACCAGAAGAGGGAGGAGGAGCGAGAGAUGAUGGCCGAGGCCAUGGCGUCCGACGGUUUCACAUUUGUGAAGCGACACCAGGCGGCUCUCGUGCAGCGGCUCAAAAGCGUGGAGCCGGUUUUGGAGCACCUCCGAGAGCAAAAUGUACUCAGCGCCGAGGAGUACGGCGGCCUGCAGGCGCAGACGUCCGCGCAGCAGCAGACGGCCCGUCUCAUCGACUUGGUCCUCACCAAAGGCAACGCGGCCGCCGAAGUCUUCCGCAACUGGAUCCAAAAGAAUGACGUGCACCUGCUGAGAGAGCUCAUGGCACAAUCCAACGAAGCUGCGUCCCCCAGCCAGGACCUGUCGGGCCUCCCCAUGGAGGAGCAGCUGAGGCGCCUGCAGGAGGAGCGAACGUGCAAAGUGUGCAUGGACAAGGAGGUCAACAUCGUGUUCAUCCCGUGCGGACACCUGGUGGUGUGCAAGGAGUGCGCGCCGUCCCUGCGCAAGUGUCCCAUCUGCAGGGGCCUGGUCAAAGGCACCGUGCGCACGUUCCUGUCCUAAAAAGCUCUUUUCUCAAACUCUUCGCUGAAUGUAAACUUUGCUUUGUACAAGCGACAACUUGACUUGCCUUUUGUUGAACGGCGACCAAUUGAAGGCCUUUCACACAGGUGGGUUCAUUCACUAAUUUUGGGAAAGGGGGGGGGGGGGUUGACUGGCGUUUCAACGCCCCACUCGGCGCACAUCCGACAUCACAGGUGUCGAGGUCCCGGGACCGGAUCUGGCCCACCACACAAUUUUAUGUUGCCCGCGAAGCCAAAUCUGGAGUGUAAAUUUCCACGAUUCAAGUAAAAAUCUGUAUCAUAUAUCAUAAAUGAUAAAAAGUUGAGGUAUUACAAGCAUUUUUGUGGAACAACACAGUACCCUUGGCGUCAGACUCCAAAACUAGUUCUAGUCCUAACGGCCCGCUGAGAGAAAUGUGGCCCACGAGAAAAAUUUGUUGGACUAACCAUUAUUACCGUCCACGAAUGAGUAAUAAAGGAAAGGCUAGUCCGACAACAAGAACAGUAAACGCCAUCGCCAUAAUUAAUACUCAAAA